AUGGACCCCAUUAGUUACCACCGCCCAAUGAACAGUUCGAAAAGCUGUCCACCGCCCACGACGCCGCGGCCCCUGCCCCUCCCUCGCUCGCCGCCCUUACUCAGCUCCACUCUGUCUCUCCAGCGCGAGGCAGCUGCUGCCGCUGCCUCCUCCUCCCGCGUCCGCCCGUCGCCGUCUCAGUCUCACGCCCCCCCUCACCCAGGAGCCUCCGCCGGUGCCUCCUCCAGCUCCACGCCCAAUCACACCAGACCUGAAAAGCAGACACAGCAAGAAUCGAUCGACGACUGCUGUCAAACAAGCAAACCGGAGGAAACAAGAACACAGCUCACUGCAGAAGGCUGUCAAAAUGCGGAGAUCACGCCGAGCAGCAGCAGCGGAGUCAGCACGGGCAGCAGCGCCAGCAGCGUGGGCAGCACUGGUUACCCUCCGGUGCCGCAGAUCAGCAUCACCCCCGACGAGGCUGAGGUCCGAGGAAGAGCCCUGUCGAGACUCAAUCGCUCGAGGUCCGACUUGAGGGUCAUGGACGACGAGCCUUCGCCUGGAGACUCCGAGGACAAGACCUGCAUCUUCUGCGGCGCCUACGAUGAGUCCUUCAGCGACAACGGCCUCGACAUGCACUACUGGCGAGCCUGUCCGAUGCUCACGCGAUGCCAUUACUGUCGCCAGGUGGUUGAGGUCGCUUCCCUCACACAGCAUCUCCUUGGCGAGUGUGUGGCUUCAACGCAGUACAGAAGGUGCGAUCGGUGUUCAGAAGCCAUCCCGAAAAAAGUUUUCUACGACCACGCUGCCUCCAAGUCGUGUACACCUUGCAAACCUGAACCAAUUGCAAACCACUGUCCCCUAUGUCACGAGAACAUACCCCCCUGGGACGAAGGCUGGCGGGUACACCUCAUGCCCGGACCUGACUGUUGUCCUGCUAAUUCUAGGGCACGACCUCAUGCCUCGAAGAAGCAGACGCCGAGCGAGAAGAGUCCUUCGGUGUCUCCCGCAGGAGCCUCCGGGAGCGGCGAGGAGGGAGCGACGGGAGUGGGCGGAGCCUCUGCUACAGGCGGGAGGAGUAGAAUACCCAGCUCGUCCACUCCAGGCACUCCGAGAAAGGACACCCUCAAGAGAAGACGAUAGAGGGCGCGAGGGAACACCACCAAGGGGCGUUCACGGGUGGAAAAAAACGAACCCAUUUUUUGACUCGUGGAAGCUCGUCACGAAGAGGAAAUUGGUUAGAAAGAGAGAGGAAGAAAGGUAGAAAGGAAAAUAGAGAAAAGAGGGGAAUGUUGUGCUCGAGCGAAAAUGAUUUAGAUUGUAAGGUUUUAUGAUGUUUAUUGACUCUUUUGAGACGCGAGAGCUUCGGUGCAUCUCAUGUCCAGGAGGAACACUGUGAUGGCAAUGGUUUUGUCAAGAGGAUAUUAGGACAUUGCAAUAUUUGUGAAUGUCACUUUGUUAUAUGAGCUUCUACACAUAAAGGUGUUUAUAUACUGGCUGAUGAGAACUUUACACAGUUUUAGGGAAGUAUAACCGAAAAGUGUUUUCUAUUUAUUGUUACAGCUACUCGGAAUGGUGUGUGGUGAAGAAGACUGGUCACGUUCUAUUUGAAAUAAUUUUGAUUAUUUUUUAAAAUUUCCUUUUACAUUGUUCCUUGGGUCAUAUACUCUACGGAUAUUGAUGACUUUUUCUAAUCAGGUAAUAUUAUCAGGCAAAGAAACUGACCGCCCAAUAUUUUCCACUUUUAUAAAUUGAAUGAAAUAAAAAAUCGUGGUAAUUUCAAGUAAAAAAAAAGUUCCUGUGGCCUUUUUUUUACAAAAUGAUAACUUCAGAUGCUUGUAGGCAGUGGACAUAUUCCAUGAAUAGUAAUGUUCUAACAUGAGUUAAUGUUUUGGUUCCUAAUUUUUCCUUUAUCAACUUCAACUUCCUUUCCUUUGUUUAAGUGGCUUUGUGAUAGAAGAAACCAGCUUUGUCAGUAUAGUAAGUACCCUAAAGUACGGACGUUUUGCUCGUGUGUGAAUUAACGGAAAAUAACAGUUCUUAUUGCAUAUACCACUGUUUGAAAUAAAGGUGUUAAACGCAGGUAUAUUAUGCUGAACUUGAAUCCAAUAUUCAUCAAGUUAGUGAAAGCUGCAUAGCUGAAAUAACACAUACUUGUAUAAUGACUUUCCUCUAUAAGGAAGGAUUACCAGUGAUAAUAAAUAGAGAGUACUGAAGUCUGUGAGUUUGAUAUGGUUAAUGUAUAAAGAAAUGAUGAUAAAAAAAAAAUCAACUUAUGACCAUUGAUUUCAUUGUUUACAUCAAUUUGCCAAAUCUCACUCUAGGUUGUGAAAUCUUAAUUGUUGGCUAUUCCACGUGGACAGACGGAGGUUGAAAGAUUUUGGAUAAAAUGCAGCUGAUAUAUUUGCAUUUUUAAUAUGUAAUAUAAAAGUUACACACUACAUUUCCAUAUUAUUGACUCCCCCCCCCUGCCCUCCCCUCCAGCCCAGACCCUCAAAACUGUAUGUGAUGAAAAUUCAGUUGAACUUUAUGAUAAGUCUGUGCUCUAAUGUUUAGUGAUCAUUGAAAUAAAAGCAAAUCUAAAAGGCAAUCUUUCGGUCUUCCCCUCGAGAGCUGCUAAAGAAAGGUUAUG